CAAUGGCCGCCCAAGAGACCCCUACAUUCAAGCUCGUCCUCGUCGGCGAUGGUGGCACAGGAAAGACCACCUUCGUCAAGCGCCACUUGACCGGCGAAUUCGAGAAGAAGUAUAUUGCCACCUUGGGUGUCGAAGUCCACCCCUUGGACUUCACCACAAACUUUGGAAGGAUCAUCUUCAACACCUGGGACACUGCUGGCCAGGAGAAGGUCGGUGGUCUCCGCGAUGGUUAUUAUAUCAAUGGACAGUGCGGUAUCAUCAUGUUCGAUGUGACUUCAAGGAUCACCUACAAGAACGUUCCGAACUGGCAUCGUGAUCUCGUGCGUGUGUGCGAGAACAUCCCAAUCGUUCUUUGCGGCAACAAGAUCGAUAUCAAAGAGCGCAUGGUCAGGCCCAAGGCCAUUGAUUUCCACCGCAAGAAGUCGCUUCAGUACUAUGAGAUCUCUGCAAAGUCCAAUUACAACUUUGAGAAGCCUUUCCUCUGGUUGGCGCGCAAGUUGACUGGACACCAAAAUCUGGAAUUUGUUGCCUCGCCUGCCUUGACCCCCCCUGAGGCCAAGGUCGACGCUAACCUGAUGCAACAGUACAUUGAGGAGCUGAGAAAUGCUGCUCUGAGGCCUCUUCCUGACGAGGAUGAUGACCUGUAAAGAAUCCCACUGUCGUAUUCGUCUUUUUUUUCUUUUAUCUCCUUCCUUUACUCCUUAGCAUACUACAUUAGUCCUUUAGCCCACUACCCAAUCCUUUCAUCUCCGACCCUAUUCACUACUGCCACUCUACAUAGUCUAUUACAUUUUAAACAAUAUGCAGCAAACAUUUUAAAUAAAGAACGCUUCCAUUGCUUCCAUUGCAA